UUUUUUUGGUCCGAUUUGGCUCUUUCAACAUUUUGGAUUGCCGACCCCUGGUCUAGUCCAUCAGGUCGCUUAACCAGAAUCUAUUGCUGUGAGGUUCUGCAGAACUUGGACCCGUUUUGCAGAGAGCAUUUUGGCCGAUGCUACGCGCUUCAGCCACUGUGCAGCUGCACUGCUUUACUCGUUUUAUCUUCUUUAACUCUGUUGAACUCUCCUCUUCCAGAUAGAUGGAUCUGAUGUGUCUCUUCUCACAACUGUAGGAGCCAUAGCUCAAGUGUCAACACAGGGAGGCUUUGUAGUCUUUAAUCCAGCUGAGGUUAUUGUCCAAUUUGAUGGCCAGAGUACUCUAUUGGUCAGAAUGAGUCAGCACUAUCAGAACAAAGUCAGUGGGAUGUGUGGGAACUUCAACGGAGAUCCUUCAGAUGAUAAAGUGAAACCGAGUGGCACACUCGCCCAAAAUGACACUGAGUUUGGACACAGCUGGACGUCACCAACCAGUCAGCCAGGAUGUGGAUCCACUGAUGAAAUAAAUGAAGAUGGACACUGUCGUUUUUCACAAGAAUACUCUGAACUCUGCAGCAUCAUCACCAACACCAGUGGUCCAUUCAGCGCCUGUCACCUGCACUCUGACCCACAGCCGUUUUUCUCUUUGUGCUUUGUAAUAAUUUGAACUUUAAUUCUAUUGAGGACCACUCAGUUUUCCUAUAAAUGUGUAAUAAAAAUGCAUGUCUUGCCUAAAAAAAGAAAUAUGUUUUUGACCAUUGAGUUUCCCUAAUCACUCCAAAGAUCUUAAUUGUCUCUUUUACAGUCUAUUGAAGAAGAAGCUUCCAGCUGGCAGUAGUUCUUAUAACAUAAGGAUGACCUCCUAUAUGGAUCCAGACUUUCACUUUCCCUUUACAAGUGAAACAGACAUAGAAGUAGAUGAGAAGCUUUAUGUGGAGGUGCAGACUGAAGGGGUGGAUCAACACCAACUUGCCACCAUUCUUGACUCAUGUUGGGCGACACCAGUCAACACUGGAGACUACUCUGUCUGCUGGGAUCUCAUUACUAAUGAAUGUCCUAAUCCAGAUGACGGUACAGUUGAGCUGGUACAGAAUGGCAUCUCCACUGUGGCUCGUUUCUCCUUCAGUAUGUUCACGUUUACCAACUUCUCAUCCAUUUUCAUUCACUGUAAUGUCCACUUGUGUCUGUUGAGACACAACAACUGCACAGCUCAUUGUUAUCCUGGUCACCCCACGCGUUUCAGGAGGGACUUGUCCUAUCAUGACUCUUCAGCCAUCUCAGUUGGACCACUUCAUCUGAAGCCACGUAGCUUAGGAAGGAUCCAGAGCAGCAGUGCUCCAGGAUAGAUGACAUCUGUCUUCACCCUGAUCAUUGUUUUGCUGACUGUCAAAAUUCUGAUCCAAUGAGUUUAAAGAGAGCUGAUGUGUUUACCAGCUCCCUUUUUAAAUGUUCAUUUAGGUUUUUCAUUUGGGUUUGUUUUGCGUUAGCAAUCAGGUGGUAGUAAUAGCCUUGCAUACGGAGGUAGGCUCUUUGUACUACACACUGGGGUCAUAAUUAACUUACUGUGAAUUUGAAGCUACUCAUGAAUAAACUCAAGCAAUGGGCUGAUGGGAUACGAUGGCUUUAGUGGGGUGUAAACUGUUUUGAUGUAUUGAAAAUUUACAAUAACUACUGUGUCUGUCAGUCAAAAAGCCUGUCAGUCAAAGAAGUCAUCCUAUGGUUAUCUUAAUUAUCAAAAAAUUUUACUUUAAUAAAUAUAAAUUAGUUGUCUUUAUUUGUUGAUUUUCAGUUU